AUGCUAAGUGUUAGAAAUUAUUUCUUUAAAAAUGUGGUUUUAAAAGAGAAAACUCGCCUCAUGAAAUAUAAUAUACUGAAAAAAAACUACUCGAGAAUAACAAGUGUAAACAUAAAUAAUUGGAAUAGUAUACAUAAGGAAAUACUAAGUAAGAUUCGAGAAAGUGAUUUUGUUUCUAUUGAUGUUGAAUAUACUGGAUUGCAUUUAAAAGAUGAGAGAUAUAUAUCCAUUGAUUCAAGUUAUGAAGCUCAUUGUUAUGGUGCCAAAUCUUUUUUCCCCUGUCAAAUAGGAAUAACUAUUGCUAAGAAAAAGGAUAUAAUAACACAUGAUAAAUGUAACGAGAUUAAAAAUAAUAUUAUAAAAAAUAAAAGCAUACAUAAUAUUAAAGUUUUUGAAAAUAAUUAUAAUGUUAACAAAGUUUACCCUAUGAAAAAUGAGCAAGAGUGGGACAUAUCGCCAUAUUGCAUAUAUAUAUUCCCAAAAGAAAAUAAAUAUUUUAGUGUUUCUACUUCAACACUUAUAUUUUUAAAAGAAAAUAAUUUUGAUUUUAAUGAGUGGAUAUUUAAUGGUGUAAGUUAUUUAAGACCAAAUGAAGAAGACGAAAAAAAAAAACAUAUCUUUGAAAAAAUUGAUGGAUUAAAAAAUUUACUUAAUAAGUGUAACGCAAAGAAUGAUUAUAACAAAGAAACUAGAGAAAAUAAAAUAGAUAUAAAUAAAAUUAUUAACGAAAUAGAAAAUUAUAAAGCUGUAGAUGAUGAAGAUAAACAAGCAGUUAUUGAAAUCAUAAAAAAAAUUGAUAUAUGGUUAUCUAAUGAAAAUGAAACUCAAUUUAACAAUAUUUCUAAGGAUGAGCUAGGAGCCCCAAUUAAUUCACCUCUUCAAAGUAUUGGUAGUGACGGGGGUAAAUUGGAUGAGCUGAAACACAUAAACCUAUCUAAUGAAUGCUACAAAGGUGGUGAUUAUAAAAAUAGCAGCUAUGAAACUUUUAUAAACAAUGAUAAAAAUCUUGAUAAUAGGAAUAAACCUAUGCAUAAUUCUACUGAAGGCGAUGAAAAAAUUUCAGAAAAUUUUAAAAGUUUGAAUUUGGGUAAUAAUGAAGGAUAUGAUAAAUGCCCUUUAUAUAUUGAAAUAGAAAAUCCAUAUCUCAGAUUACUUGCACAUACAUUAAUUACAAAAUAUUUUAAUUCAAUUUUUUGUAUAUCUGUUAAAUUGAACGAUAAGAAAAAUUUAGCAAUAUAUAAAACUGAAAAAGAUUCUUAUAAUGAACAAAUAAAAGCAUUGCAUAUGGAAAUAGAAAAAAUAAAUGAAACUAUUGGUGUUAGAUUAUUAUUUGAUGAAAUUAUAAAAAGUAAUAAAAUACUAAUAGGGCAUAACUGCUUUUACGACAUUUUGCAUAUAUACCAAACAUUUUAUCAUGAAUUACCAGAUUCGAUUCAUGUUUUUAAAAGAAAAUGGACAGAAUUAUUUCCAUAUACAGUUGAUACAAAAUAUAUGAAUGAAACAAAUGAGUAUCUAUAUUCAUUAAAUGGGCCUGCAACAUUAAAAGGCUUAUGUGAGUAUAUGGCAUCAUUAAUUUCUUCAAGUAAAGACUUUGAUUUUUUUUUUAAUUUUCGCAAUGGGAAUAUAUUAGACCUUCAACAAUGUCUUAUUCCUUUUGUAAAAGAUGAAAAAGGUGAGGCAAAUUCGUCUGGAGAAAGUUAUAAUGAACGACAACCAACUGAUGGCAAAAAUAAUAAUUAUGAUGAUGAGAAUAUAGGAAUAGGAGAGAAAGAAAAUGGAACAAAACAGUUAGGAAAUAGUACUUCAUACAAAUACGAUGAGAAAUAUUAUAAAGAUGUAAACACAUUAAAUGGGAAUGCAAAUGUGCUAAAGAGCGAUGAACAUAAUGCAGGUUAUGAUAGUCUUUUAACAUGCCUUCUUUUUAUAUUUCAAUGCCAUUAUAUUUUAAGAAAAAAUAAUUUAUCCUGGAAAAACCUUUACUUUACUAAUACAAAUAUUAUGAAUGAAAAUAAAAAGCAUUUUUUGGAUAUAUUUUCAAAUAUGUGUAACAAAAUAAAAAUUGUUAAAACACAACCAAAUGUUGUUUCGUUAACGAGUUCAGAAAAUUAUGAAAUGGCAAGACAUUUUUAUAUGUAUGAUUAUCCAAAUUAUUUUAAAAAAUGGGAAAUAAUGAAAAUAUGGUCACCUAUUUGGAUAACCUUGAGUAAGGUAGAUGAUCAAUCAUGCUGGAUCAUAGCAAAAAGUGAUGACGAUGCAAAAAAUAUUAAAAUGAUUUAUAAAAUGUUGCAGAAUCCACAAUUCAAGUUAUGCACAUAUGAAGAAUAUUUGAAUAAAUUUAAAUCUAAAUGA